UCUGCCAUUAAAAUCAUCGAAAAAAAAAAAUUUACACCAAAUGCAAUCGAUUAUUCAUUUUUAUAUAUAUAUGAAACUGUCGGAUAAAGCGACAAGUCGGAUAUAAUGCGGAGUAGAUUUGCGAAGAUUUCGCCUUUUCGUUUCCCUAAAGCAGAUCUUCGAUUGCUCCUUUCUCUCUCUUUAAUCGAAUCGAAUGGGUAGCGAUUGUUCUUACAGCGGAGCUCAGGAAUUCCAUGUUCUUGCCGUGGACGAUAGCCUUGUUGACAGGAAAGUCAUCGAGAGAUUGCUCAGGAUUUCUUGCUGUAAAGUGACGGCUGUGGAGAGUGGGAGAAGAGCUCUGCAGUAUUUGGGUUUGGAUGGAGAAAGAGGGACCGUUGGAUUUGAUGAAUCGAAGAUUAAUCUGAUAAUGACGGAUUAUUCCAUGCCUGGAAUGACUGGUUAUGAGCUUUUGAAGAAGAUUAAGGGUUCGUCGAAGCUGAGGAAUAUUCCGGUGGUGGUUAUGUCGUCGGAGAAAGUUCUGGCAAGAAUUGAUAGUUGUUUAGAGGAAGGCGCUGAAGAGUUUCUUGUAAAGCCCGUGAAGCUCUCCGAUGUCGAGAGAUUGAGAAAUUUUAUGUCAAAAGGCGCGGAAAAGAUCGUAGAGGAAGUUUCAACCCGAAAAAGAAAAAAUUGUGAAAUCCCGGAUUUACCCUUGCACUCUUCACCUUCAUCUUCUUCAUCAACAUCAUCAUUGCCAUUGUCAUCGUCGCCAUCAUCGCUUAGUUGUGACCAUCAUCAACAAAAUAUCUCGAAGCAUCCGAGGCUUCUAGAAGCCGAGUGACAUCCCGGAAACUUUUUUUUUUUUUUGGCGAUGUAAUGUAACCGCGAUAGGCUAGAAAUGUAUAUAUAUGGUUACUUGACGACGACUAUGACAAUAUAAUUAUACGAGCAAGGUUUGUUCGAAGCCGAUUUUUGAAAUAUUUAUGCCACAUAGGUCGUGGUCGAAUA